GUUCAACCUGGCCUCAAUACCAACCAGCACUCUUUCUUUACUCGACUUUCUAGAGCCGCUCGUCCCUCCUUGCCUUGACCUUUCCCCACCCCGCCAGGCUCACGCGACUCACUCCUUACCCUCCCUUCAUUCUGGCUGUUCUCAAUAUCGCUUCCUACCCCAGCUGACAAUUGCUCCGAAAUUCGCCAACUGGCUAUUCAUCAUGACGCGCGCCCAGCAGACCCUCUCGGUGCUCCUGCUUGUUUCUUCCCUCUAUCUGGUACUAUACGUCGGCCUUGUCCCCCUGAACGAAACUGUCCAGAAGGAAGUCAUUCCUGUCCUUCCUUUCUAUGCCCUGAUAUGUUUUGGCUGCUAUUUGUUGGGUCGAUUGGGACUAGCAAUUCUGACCUUCAAUGAUGUCCCAGAGGCCCAUGAUGAGCUGCAAAAGGAGAUCGAGCAAGCCAAAGCGGAACUGCGUACGCAAAAUGUCGAUGUUGACUAGGUUGCCCUUGCUAUUGUACGAUAUACGUUUGACUCAUACGGAGUGUGAUCUAUCUCUGAUCACCACUCAUUGAACCCAUUAUCGCAUCAACAGGUGUUGCUGUCCAAUCCAGUCGCAUAUACAAUCCGGGAUAUGGAACAAUCAUUUUAUACCUAGAUAAGCAAUUAUCCAUUUAGGUCCAGGGAUCGUUGCGCAUAUGUUUAUUCCGCCUUAUAUCGCCCAUUCUACACGCUUACCGGCCCAUAUUAUCGUUGUACGUCUGCAGCGGAGGUCUUGAAAAAAAAAAAAAAAUGGGAGAUUCGGGAGAUGAAUAUAAUGAGCAAGAACGUGAGGUGAUAAAAGAUCCUUGACAGAAAUCAAGGAUGAUGUCAUCUUCUAUUGAAACAUAACUCGUGAGUCUGUUCUAAAUAGAACCAAGUCAUUUCUUUAUCUAUAAUUUAUCACCGAAUAC